UGUGUGAAGAAUAUUUCGGAAUUAAAUUGUUUUUGCCUAACUUAUUUUCGGUUUGAUGUUGAUAAUUAAAAUGUAUAAUAAUAAUAAUCAUACUAGAAAUAAAUAUAGCAAUGAUAGAUUUAGGUUUAAUACUUAAGUUUUUUGCGGCGAUUGGAAAUGCGUCUGUGAUAUAAUAAAAUUACUAGAGAAGAAGUAGGGAACUUUGUGCGCGUUUAAUAUUUACUUUUGAAGUUCGGACUAUGAUGUACCGUUUAUCUUCGAUGGACAUGGCAAAGAUGCUUUUGAUCUCUUUGAUCGUGUUCGGGGUGAUCCAGGCCGGUGGUGCGAUGUCUUUGCGGACGAGGGACGAGGGUGAUCCUGCACCUGGACGAUCGCCAGGACCUCCGCGAGAAUGCCGCACGUUGGACGGUGCCAAAAGGACCGAUCGACCACACUACAACCUCACCAUCUCACAUAACCUGUUUUCAACGGAUCUCCUCGUUUCCGGCGUCACCUAUCAAGUGACCAUCGAGCGAAAUGGCGAGAACGAACCGUUCAAAGGUGGUGAAUUUAUGGUGUCAUCGAGCCUGGACGAUGGCAGUCUUUGGGGAACGUUCAGCGGGUUCGGUCCGGCACAAGGAUGCGGUCCACCAAUCUACAAGAGUCAAUUUGGAGCUGGAACGUUCCCCCCGUUCGCAUUAAAUUGGACCACCAACCCUUGGAACCUCCAACUCAAUUCCCUCACCGCCACAAACAACGUCACGUUCACAUUGAAAUACCGUCUCAACAAUGAUAUGUUUAAAUUCAGCAUCGCACUGCCAAUUUCUGAAGAAUGCCAGCUCUGGUUAAGACCGGAGGAGAAGUUAGUUAGUUGGGUGGAUUUUCCGAGCGCGGAAUGUCAAGUGUGGUUUCCUGGCCACCGGACCGGGCACGGCUUGGUGAUAGACAUGCACCGUCUCAAUAUUCCAUGCACGAAGGGAUUCCUGCACUUUUCCGGAUUGAAUACAUCGCAACAGCAGCACUUCCGAAGCCACAAGCAGGCACAUCUCUGCGGAAAGCUGGAGGAGCUCCCCGACGCCGACAGGCACAUAUACUUCCCGUCUUCGCACAGUCUACCUUAUCUCCACAUCAGAGGUUCUCCAGUCUUCACCUUCUUCUACCAUCUUGUCGAUUACUGCUACAACGUGACCUUUGUUACACGCAAUGGUUCGUUCGAGUUAAAACCCACGGCAAGCGGCGAUCUCCAAUGCACCUUUAAGAUCUAUUUGCCGUAUGGGAAUAGGGUAGCCUUGAGUCUGGUUAUAGGCGAUAAGAACGGUGACGGUAAACGCCCAGAAGUAGGUUCAUCCUCCGUAUCCGAGUUGAACAACGUCGGUGAAGAAUGCGUCGGAUUGCGCGUGGAGUUCGUCGACGGGGAUGGAAUCUGGUCGCAUUGCAGCAUGGUCGGGGAGGCGGAUCGAAGGAUUGAAAUUGUUUCGCGCGAGAAUAAAGUGGUGCUUAAAGUACGGGUGAGAACGGAUGGGGGUGGAGGAGCCGCUUUGGGUAUGCGUCUAAGUUACCGAGCGGAGGCGGCGGAAGACAUCGUCGGAAUGUGCGGUUUUGGUUGGGUAGCCCUGAGACAGUUCUGCGUGUCGGCCGUCGAGGAUCUUAAGUUGCCCUGGGCCCAGGCGGAAUUGGAAUGCGGCAGAAGGGGCGGACAUUUAGCUAGCAUUCGCAACGAACACGCACAAACUCUUAUUGACAACCUACUACUCAACAGUCCUGGAUAUAAAGACAACAACGCCUACUGGAUUGGAGCCUCGGAUAAGACCCACGAAGGAGAUUUCCACUGGUCCGACGGAUUACCAUUCUCCUACACAAAUUGGUUUCCGGGCUGGUCGCAGCACGGGGAUUACAAUCGACAGCCGAACGAUGACGGCCUCAGCGAACAGGACUGCGUCGAAGUACGAAGGAUCUACUCUUUGCCCACUUCUUCGGCGAGCUUGGCAUCCACUUUCAUGUGGAACGAUCGAGACUGUUCAGCGCCGAAUUUCUUCAUUUGCGAACGAUUGCAGAACGACGAACCUCUGGAGGAAGUCUGGCCGCCGGAUUGCAACCGGUCGGUGAUCCUUUCGCCGCAGCAGCCGCGCGCCGCCGUCUCCAGUCCUGGAUUCCCGAGGCAAUAUCCCGACAACGCGGACUGCGACACUAUCAUCGCCGUACCGCCUGGAUACAGGAUCAUACUCGACUUCGAGGAGCUCGUCCUUGAAAAUGAACCAUCAUGUAGUUACGAUUAUUUGGAAAUAAUUGAGAUGUCGGGGAACGCGACUAACGGAGGCGGCGGCAAUAGCUCGAGUAGAGCAGGCGGCAGCGGCAGCAUCAGCAGCGGUGGCAUCAAAAGUAGCAGCAGCAGCAGCCGCCGCCUCUGCGGCGACUGGAGCUCCAAACUGAAACUGCUCAGACACGUCAGCUCCAGUUCGAAGUUACGGUUGCAUUUCAGUUCCGACUACAGCCAUCAUUUCGGAGGUUUCAAGGCACGCGUUUCAAUGGAGAACGCACAACGCACCUCGCCACGUGCAGCUCUCCAAUGCUCGGAUGAUAGGCUGCAGAUCUUCAAUAACUCGUGCUACCUCUUCGUCAGUUAUCCGGAGGUGAUGUGGUCAACAGCUCAGCAGAUCUGCAAGGGGAUCAGAGCACAGUUGGCCUCGAUUUUGACGCCCGAUGAGGAGCGGUUCGUGACGACGAAUAUAAGAAAAACAUCGGAGUACAGGAAUAGUGCCAAGUAUUGGUUAGGAGGAAAGGUGGAUUCGAAUGGAAAAUACAAUUGGAUCGAUGGUAGCAACAUGGGGUAUUUUGGUUGGUUGCCUGGACAAGGACCUUCGUCUUCCAGCCACGAGCGAGAAGAAGACGUUUGUUUGGGUAUCCAAUGGACGUACUCUCCGACGCCGAUGCUUCCCAGCGGAUUAUAUUGGAAGAGCCAGAAGUGCAACAGCGUCGGAGGGUACAUCUGCAAACGGCCCACCUUAAUUUCCGGACAGGGCAUUAAUUUCAAUAAAACGGUUAACGGCUCCGAGGGGAAAUUAGUGACGCCCAAUUAUCCGGGAAAUUAUUACAACAAUUUGGAUUUUACAGUGCGAAUCGUGGGUCCAGAGAGAACGCGUAUUGUGAUACAGUUCGAUAAACUGGACAUUGAAUCGCAGAUCGAGUGUUUGUACGAUUACGUUGAAAUGCGGACGGUGGGUAAGAACGGCCGGGCGUUCAGGGAUUCUGUGAAAUGGUGCGGAUCGCACGAAACCGAAAUGCAAAGGUUCAAUUUCGUUGCGGAGAACAACGAGGUGCAGCUCAGAUUCCAUUCGGAUUACUCGAUCACCGGUGGCGGUUUCCUGCUGCAUUGGCAUUCGGUCGAUAUAUCCGGUUGUCCCAUCAGGACGUUGACGGCCAAAGAAGGGUUUCUGGUGAGCCCCAACUAUCCGCAUUUUCUACUUGCCCAUCUCGACUGCACGUUUAAUAUCAUCGCGCCGCCAGGAAAGAGAAUCUGGUUGAACUUCGAAAGAUUCGAUAUGGAUGAUGAGUACGAUGAGAGCAGUUUGGAGGUGAACUUGGGUACGGAGGGUUUUAAACCUUUUCAGACCUACGAUCUCCUCACGGAUGGCACCUACGUUUCCAACGGGGAUCGGAUGAAGGUACGCUUGAGGACACACGACAAACCUCGAGGCUCCGGCUUCAAAGCUGCUUACAAAAUAACACCUGCCCAAGAACUAGUAAUUAACUUAACGAACAAUAGCAUAGGGAACCUUCUAUACCUGAACUAUCCUAAUCCGGCACCUCGAAACGUAGAAUUCAAGCAACAUCUGAUAGCACCGUUCGGUUACGUGAUAUCUUUGGAGCUCUCGCAUUUGAUUCUGACCGAGGUGGAAUGCGGUCCAGAGUUUGGUACACUCGAGGUUCUGGAUAACUAUGCAGACACUAAUGGUACCUCGUGGCACAUGUGCUAUGAUACAGAGGUUGACUCAGUUGUUCCAAAGGCUCCGAUAGCCAUCACAUCCUUUCUCAAUACUCUGCAUAUUCGACAGCGACACGCCAGGAACGGCCUCUCCUUAAACGGCACUCUACGUGUCGAAGAGGAUGUCAACUUCAUGGACAAAAUCAUGAAACAUAAAAGCGAGAACGUGGAAUCCUGUAAGCCAAAUCCAUGCCUGAACGAAGGCAAAUGCGUUCAUAAUGGUAGCCAGAAACUCUGCCAGUGCCUUAAAUAUUAUACAGGAAUUUUCUGUGCUUUGACCCAAUGUGAUUUGGAUCCAUGCGUGUUCGGAAGCUGCCAACUGACGGAGAACAGUUUCAAGUGCCACUGCAAGUUGGGCUACAUGGGUCCCACCUGCGAGCAGAAGAGAAGACCAUGCGAAGGAAACCCGUGUGAGGGUCGAGGAACGUGCGUGGAGCGCGGCGCCGACGGCUUUCUGUGCAGAUGCCAUGCGUGGUGGGAGGGUACCAGAUGCGAAAGACGGAUGUUACACAUACCGUAUAAACCGCUGAGCGAGAGAAUGCUUAGAGAGCCCUUCUGGCUAGGUCUGAUGACCGUUUCGGUGGUUAUGGGUGUGAUAGGAUUGUUCUGGUGCGCAAAGCGACACUUCCCGGAGAAGAUUGAGAAACUGCUGGCAGAGGAGGAGGAUAGAAACCGGGGAGGAGUGUCGAGUCUGAGGAGUUCUUCGGUGCGAGAGCAGCUGGCAGCGAGUGGAGCGGCUGCGGUUAGCGUAACACCCAGUCCAGGUCCGGGAGCCCCACGCUCGCUAUUCGGCCGUCUGGGUAUUCGCAAGCCAUCCAUCCUAAGCCUGACCAGUCCACACGCCAGCGGCUAUUCGCCAGCAACAGCCCGAACAUUUAGUUUGGAUGAUUUACUAAAACCUCCCCCGAGACGUACGCCUUCACCGAAGAAGAAGCGGAACAAUUCGACGCCAACGAAAAAGAACGCUGCAGAGAAGAAACAAAUAUUACAGCAGUUGAUAUCACCGGGUGGAAAGGGCGGCGGGGGAAAGGUGAGUUUGGGGGAAUUGAUGCAAAUGAGCGAAAGAUCGAUGAAGGAGAAAAAGAAGGAUGGAAGCGCGAGCGGUGAUGAUGCAUCGAAGGAGACAAAGUUCGGAGCGGAUUUGUCUUCGGCCGUUGCUGUUGCAGCUCUCGUACCAUCGGCGCAGCUGACCCUCAGCGAUCCGAAGCUGGAGAAGAAGGUGACGUUUGCACGUUUACUGAGCAAGGUGUCGCAGGAGAUGAGCUCCGGUUCGGAGAUGGAAUUAGGUAUAAUGCAGGCGAAUAGAUUAAGUUGCGCGUUCGCACGUCCAUCAAGUACACCACCUUCACCCGGUGCAAACGCAAGAUCACCGAACAGCACAUCAAGCAAUCAGGGCAGCGACUCACUCACAAGCUCAGAUCUAGCAAUACCAUCAAGUUCUAGCAUUUCAGACCUGGCACGGAGGAAGCAGACAAUCAGACAAAAACCAUCGAGUGCGGACUCUAUACUGGCGAUGUUCAGAAACUUCUCGGCCACAAAUCCGGCCACCUCCAAACUCACGCCCUCGACAACACCCUCGAGUCCCAUGGAGGACGACGAAUCCACGUCUACAUCCUCAAUACACACUCCGAUCUCACUGUCCUCCUCGAAUAUCACCCAGCAAAUGCCGGAGAGCCCAGUCUUUCAGCACGGCAACAAGUCAACGAUAGAAGUGUCGGUAUUGGACACGCUAAGUGCGCACAAGUCGUCCUCCAGCGGAAGCAACUUCCUUCAUCCGCCGACGAUACUCUUAGAAAUACCGAGCACAAUCAGCAAGUGCCUUUCGCCCAUACGGGAACUCCCCACACCCCUGCCCUCACCUGCCGUCACCCCUUGUGUAGUACGACGCAGUGCCGCGCCAUCCUCACCUCAUCGCGAUACAAUCGAAUUUAGCGACCAUCGUAUGUCCGUAGAGAUAGCCAACUCGGACGAUGACACUGAAGAUGAUGAUGAGGAGGAGGAGGAGGACGAGGAAGACGACGGUCAAGAUGACGGUGAUAAUGCUCAUAACGAUGACGAUGAUGAAGAUGAAGAGGAGGAAGAGGAAGAAGAGGACGAACAAAUCCACCAAACUGAAAUUGCAAUAGAUCCGCACGCUGAAGAUGGUCUUAUUCUGGAAGAAGCAGCAGCAAUGCAAAGCCCAUCCUCUGCAAACAGACACAAAAUAAAGAAUCGACCGCCACCACUUGGCCAAAUCCUCCAUGUACCAACGAUCUCUAUAAUUUCGGAUGACGCACCUUCAGCUCCUCUUGUCAUACCUAUGGUAACCAUUCAAACGCCAUCCCCGACCCGUCAACGUCCAACGAGCAUUCUUCUCCCCGGAUCACCUCCACCCCGAUCCUACAAGGAUACCUUCCAAUUUCCAACGCAAUCAAAGUCCAAGAGGAUGCUCAAAGAGUUCGAUAAACCAACUUCCUUGGAUCUACCCUGCGCUCCACCUCUCAUAACGAUAACUUGUAAUAUGAGUGAAGCCGAAUCCGAUGCCGAAUCGAUAUCUCCGAAUAAAUCAGCCACGUUGGCUGUUUCGACAACAGGCAUGACUUAUCUGAGUCCAUUCAGCAUGGUUUCUAGAGGCGACCAUAACGCAUCAGAAUCGAAUUUAAGCUCUUCUGGGUACAGUUCGAUGGCAAGUCCUGGUCCAUCCCGGUGCGGCUCCAGCAAUCCCUUGUGUCCUUCGGAAAUGGAAGAUCCCCCUGGACCAAGCUCCUCCUUGGGUCGUCGUCCGUCGCCUCUGUUGAAAUCGAACAACACCGAUAAUACAAGCAAAACGCAGCACGAACAAAGAGGACGAUCCGAUUCGGAAACCCUCUCCGACGAUGUCAUGAUGGAAUCGAAUGACGAAGGUAUCGGUACCGAUCACAUCGAAGAGAAAAUCGACGAUGGGCAAGUAAAGAGCGCCAAGGAGCUUGAGGUUUUUUUGUCCGAGACAAAAAAUUGCCUGCAGCCGCCUGCCAUCAUAGUGCACAGUGAUUCGAAUAAUUUCGAUAAGAUGCUGAGUCCUGUGAGUUCGCGCAGCGAAAGUCCCCUGAGCGACAGGACAAAUCGUUUCUCCGCUCAAUUCUACGGCAGGAACAAAGAUCUGCUCCCGUUCACCGACUCCGAUGGACUUUACGACUUUCCCAGCUCGGAUAAAGUGAACGUGAUGUCUCUGCAACAGCCCCAUCGGAAAGCAGGACGAAAACGCGAUAAAAAGUUGGUGCGACAGAGCAAAACUCCAAGCCCGACGAAGCCGUCUAAUCAAAGUUAUUUAGAAUUACCCAUUUAUAAGUUGAACGCAGUUUCACCAAGGAAACCGAGCCCGAAAAGACGGUUACGCAAUCAGCAGCAGCAACAACAACAGGCGGUCACGUCCUCGUCCAGCUCCGACAGCAUCGAGUCGACAAUUGCUCGCGACCACAAAUCCUCCUCAAGCCCAAGCCCGGAAACAAUCCGAUGCUGGGCCACAUCUCUCGAGUGGCCCAAAAGAUCCCCGGAAGCUUCCGGAGAAGAGACCGGAGACGAAGCAAACUGUGCAAUGCUAGCAAAAUUCGAGCCAGAAAUUCCGAAGCACAGGAAAAUAGGCCGUUUAAGGGCGAUCAGCAAUCAGAUACGAUUUCUGAGGAGGUUGGAAGUGAGCCUGAAACGUAGGGAACGCAUCGCAAGUCCGUCCGAAAGCGGUGGAGAGGAUUCCCCGAGAGCCACGUCUCCUCUUCUGCAGGGAUCCUCGGAGUCGAAGAUCGGAAUGAUCGGGUCGAGAAACCGUCGAGGACGUCUCAAAGAGGAAACUUGGAAGCGCGCUGUAGCUACCGCCAACGGACAUUCCGACUAGUUUCCACAUUUUGCACAUCGAUCGUAGUAAUUAGGAACCUACCUAUGUAGAUACUUCACUAAUUCGUUCGGCAAAAGCAGCUAUUGCCUUGUAAAUUAUAUACAUAAUGUAAAUAAUCGAGAAGACGAAAAACGUCGUCUAUGUAAAGAAAAACAAAGCAAGUAUGAAUAUUAACAUUCUAAACAUCGAACAAUCAAAAAUUUAAAAUUAAGCACUCGCUGUGUUUGUGUUUGUAUAAUAUAGGAUUAAGUAUUAAGCAACAAGAGUAUAUGAAAAUCAUUUGAUAUGCGCAGAACGAAACGCAAAAUAUUUUACGUUCCUUUUCGUUGUCGUUUGACACGCUUCUUUGUAUGUCGAAACAAAAAACAGGCAGAUUUGUUGAAACGUUGUCGUUUCUAGAUGUUGCUCAACAAAGGAUGGAACUCAUGUAUGUGCCUAAGUUUUACGUAUGAUUUACUUCCUUAUAAACCAAUCAAUCUAUUUGCUAAAAUAAGGCCAACGUUUCCUAUGAGACGGAUGGAUUUAAUAAAUGAAAAGAAGAAGAAAAAUCAAUUAUUUUACACUAAUGUAAGCAAAACGAAGAAGAAAGAAAAAAUAAUAAUAUUAUAUACACAUUUAAAGAUGUACGGGGAAACGGAUGUGAAAGGAGAAAAUGAAAGUAAAUUUAAUAUUUAAAGACGAAAAAAUAUGAUAUAUUUAAAAACAAAAGAGGAAAAUAAAAAACAAGGCUUUGUAUAUGAGACUGAUUUUCUACUGUUCAAAUUUUAGCUAUUUCUUGUUGAAUAUAUACAUAUAUUUAAGCAAAAUAAAAAAAAGAAGAAGAAUUAAAUAUAUAUAAGAUAUAAUAUAAUCGAUUUGCACUUUUAAAUGUUGUUGACUAUGUUUGUAGGGAAUUUGUAGGGAAGUAAACUUUGAACUGCGCUAAAAAAAAGAGAUGACGUUCAAACGUUGUUGAAUAUUGGAAAUAUUGAAGAAGAAGAAGAGGAAACACGAUUGAUUUGAUAUUGACUUUGAAUUGCAUUUUUUCUUGCAAUUUUUUCGAUUUGAUAAUAUUUAUUUAUUUUUUUAAUACGAGACGACUAUGAUGAAGGAGAAUCUUAUUACGAAGUGAACGAGAAAUCUGCGCGCUGUGAUAGUUUGGACUUAUUCUUUUCGUUCCUUUAUUUUCGAGUCUCUACUCACGUGUUGACCAUUCUAACUCUCAUCCUAUCUCUCUUACAGCAAUACUAAUUAAGAACUUAAUUGAUUAUACGGUGCGGGAACAAGCAAAAAAAAAUCUCUAAAUAAAUAAAAUCUUAACAACACAUGACGAGGAAUCCAAUAUAUACACUCACAUAUAUAUGUAUACAUCGUUUGCGACUCUUUUUUAUUGGCAACACUAGUGAAUUCGUGAAAAGUAAUAAACAAGAAAAACGGAGAGCAAUUAUAUUAUUAAAAAAAAAACUAUAUAUAUAUAUAUAUCUUCUAUGGAUACUAACUAUAUAGGGAUCGGCACACACAUUUAAUAUAUUGUUAACUUUUA